UAUGGGAUGAAAGUUCUAUUUUUAGCAUUUAGCUAUCAGGUCACAUUAUUUUCAGAAGAGAAUAAGUUAAUUUAAAGAUUCAUACUUUUAAAGUUAAUGGAAAUAUGGCAGACGUCGUGGAACCGCUGACCUUGUCCAGAGAUGUAAAACGAUCAAUAGAGCUGCUGGAGAAGCUGCAAGCGAGUGGGGACUUUCCAACAACCAAACUUGCUGCUUUGCAGAAGGUGUUAAGCUCAGACUUUAUGACUUCGGUCCGAGAAGUUUAUGAACACGUAUAUGAAACAGUUGACAUCCAAGGUUCACAUGAUGUUCGUGCAUCUGCGACAGCUAAAGCAACCGUUGCUGCUUUUGCAGCCAGCGAGGGUCAUGCGCACCCCCGAGUAGUCGAACUGCCGAAAACUGAAGAAGGAUUGGGGUUCAACGUAAUGGGAGGCAAGGAACAAAAUUCUCCAAUAUACAUAUCUCGCAUCAUACCGGGAGGAGUUGCGGAUAGACAUGGAGGUCUCAAAAGAGGCGAUCAAUUGCUGUCAGUCAAUGGUGUGUCGGUAGAAGGAGAAAACCAUGAAAAGGCAGUGGAAUUGUUAAAGCAAGCAAUCGGUUCAGUGAAGCUUAUUGUUCGUUACACACCAAAGGUUCUUGAAGAGAUGGAAAUGCGUUUCGAUAAGCAACGUAAUACACGCCGUCGGCAAUAAUCCAUUUUAACCAAA